AUGACUCAAUUGCCGCGCCUACUCUCCCGCUCUUUUCUUUCUCCAUUCUUUCCCUUCCAAACCCGGACUUUUACCACUUCCAUACCCGCCCUCCAGCUCGUCAAGCCGUCCAAAAAAAAUCCCAAGAUGGCCACCGUCGACACGAAGACGGGCCAGUCCAUCGAUCGCACGGUGCUGGACUCGAUGCUCCGCCGUCGCAUGUUCUACACCCCCUCCUUCGAGAUCUAUGGUGGGGUGUCGGGCCUCUAUGACUACGGUCCCCCCGGCUGCGCUCUGCUCGCCAACAUGACCGACCUGUGGCGCAAACAUUUCGUGCUGGAGGAGGAUAUGCUCGAGCUCGAUUGUACCAUGUUGACCCCGGACGAAGUCUUCAAGACCAGUGGGCACGUCGACAAGUUCGCCGACUGGAUGUGCAAGGACCCCAAGACCGGCGAGAUUUUCCGCGCAGACCACUUGGUCGAAGAGGUGCUGGAGGCCCGCCUGAAGGGCGACAAGGAGGCGCGCGGCCAGAAGGUCGAGGUCGACGAGGAGAAGGAGGCCAAGAAAAAGAAGAAGGUCAAGGCCAGCAAGGCCGUCAAGUUGGACGACGCUCUGGUCCAGGAGUACGAGGAGGUGCUGGCCCAGAUCGAUAACUACGGCGGACCCGAACUAGAGCAGCUGAUCGCCAAGUACGACAUCCGCAACCCGACCACCGAGGGCAACCUCCUGCCGCCCGUCGCCUUCAACCUGAUGUUCCAGACCUCCAUCGGUCCCAGCAGCAACAUGCCGGGCUAUCUGCGGCCCGAGACCGCCCAGGGCCAGUUCUUGAACUUCCAGAAGCUGCUUGAGUUCAACCAGCAGGGCAUGCCGUUCGCCUCGGCCUCGAUUGGCAAGUCGUUCCGCAAUGAAAUCUCUCCUCGUGCCGGUCUGCUGCGCGUGCGUGAGUUCCUGAUGGCCGAGAUUGAGCACUUUGUCGACCCAGAGGGUGGUAAGAAGCACCCGCGCUUUGCGGACGUCAAGGAUGUCGAGCUGUCGCUGCUCGACCGCAACGUGCAGCUGUCUGGUAGCACCGAUACGGUGCAGAUGACCGUCGGCAAGGCGGUCGAGACCGGCCUCGUGGACAACGAGACACUGGGUUACUUCCUGGUCCGCAUUCAGUCCUUCCUACUGAAGCUUGGUAUCGACCGCUCCAAGCUACGCUUCCGCCAACACAUGGCUAAUGAGAUGGCCCACUAUGCCACCGACUGCUGGGAUGCCGAGCUGAAGACUAGCUACGGCUGGAUCGAGUGUGUCGGCUGUGCUGAUCGUAGCGCCUACGACCUGACCGUGCACAAGAACAAGACCGGCGCGCCGCUCGUUGUGCGCGAGACUCGCCCGGAGCCCCUUCGCAUUGAGGAGUGGCAGGUUGACAUCGACAAGAAGAAGUUCGGUCCCCGCUUCAAGAAGGACAGCAAGUCUGUCGAGGCGGCGGUCGAGGCGCUGUCCCAGGAACUACGCGAGAAGCUCUCCCUGGACCUCGAGAAGAAUGGCAAGAUCGAGGUGGAAGUCGAGGGCAUUGCCACCCCCAAGAUCGAGUUGGACAAGGACCUGAUCAAGAUCGAGAAGCGCACCCGCGUCGAGAACAUCCGCGAGUACACGCCCAACGUCAUCGAGCCGUCCUUCGGUAUCGGCCGUAUUCUGUACAGCAUGAUCGAGCACGUCUACUGGUCGCGCGAGGGCGACGAGGCCCGUGGCGUCCUGUCCUUCCCCCCUGCCAUCGCACCCACCAAGGUCCUGCUGGUUCCGCUCUCGACUCACGCUUCGUUCAAGCCCCUGACGCAGGACCUGACCUCGAAGUUACGCCGCCUGGGUAUUUCUACUCGGGUCGACGACUCGUCCGCCUCCAUUGGCAAGCGCUACGCUCGCAACGACGAGCUGGGCACGCCAUUUGGCAUCACCGUGGACUUCCAGUCCGUCAAGGACCGCUCGAUUACUCUGCGUGACCGCGACUCGACCAAGCAGGUGCGCGCCAGCGAGGACGAGAUCCUGCAGGCGCUCAAGUCGAUCGUCGACGGCGACGAGACGUGGGAGGAUGUGCGCAAGCGGCUGCCGGAGUUUACUGGGCAAGAGCUGACCCUGUCGUGUCCGCUCUUUGCGGCUGACUUUGACCCGCGCAACAACCGCUUCCUGCUGGUCGGCGGAGGCGGCGGCCAAGGGCGCAGCGGCGUCGGGAACAAAAUCGCAAGUCUUUUCCUGCCCCCUUUCCCCGUAUGUAUCUCACUAACUGGUGGCGUCCUACAGUCUCUUCUGGAUACAUCAAAGCGAGACGAAAUCAAGCAGUCCGUGGAGCUGGAGCUCUCGCGCGAUGAGGACUCGGUGACGUCGCUGGCAGCCGCGCCGCAGUCGAACAACGCGAAUGAGAUCGUCGCGCUGGCGGGUAUCAAUAGCUCAGUCGAAGAGGUGAAGAAGAACAAUAACCAGCAUCUACGCUCGUUUCGGUUUGAUGCCCCGCACAGAGAACUAGCUGUUGUGCUCCCACCUACGGAUUCGGCGAUUGAGAAUCCAGAUGCAGAUGAGAAAGAGACAAAGACAGAGGAAGCUCGGACAGAAGGGGAGCUAAUCCCCGGCAAGGCGACGCCGUUGUCGCGCGCUUCGCUGUUCAAAAUUAAGGGUGGUGCGGAUUCAGCCGAUACCUACCAGCGGGUUCUGCGCUUGUCGCCGUGGAGGAAGUACCGGAACGAGGAGAGCGAUGAUACAGAGAAUGUGCGCAUCGGCGCCAUCACCACGGGUCUCGCUCCCUCCGGUGAAAUUGUCUUCUUCUGCGCAACAGAAACGCCCAGCGAAUCCGAUGUCGUUGGGCGCAUCCGCCUGAGUGGCAACGAGGAGGCCGAAGAUCUGGACUUUGCCAGUCUCGGAGACGACAAGUUCCGCGUUGCAUACACCACCGGCGUGGACGUGGUCGUCGGCGAGCUCUCCUCUUCCAAGCGGUCCAACGCCGCGCCGGACGUGAAAACAGUCUUCUCCAUCCCUCUGCCCAAGAGCGGUACUGCUCGCCCCAAGUUCCGUGCCCUCCGCUUCCUCAACCCGACAACGCUGCUCUUGCUUCAGAAUGCGCCGGACCGCGGCGGCGCAGAGCUCGUCAUCCUCCGAUUACCCGAUGACAAGGCAAGCAAGGCAUAUAUCCUGAGCAGAAAACGCCUCCCGCGCAGUGUCAAGAUCGGUCUGGGCCUCGACGUCUGCCCGCUAGGCACAAACCCGCAGGGCCAGCAGCAGACCAUCAUCGCCGCCAGCGGUAGCGAUAAUUCGAUUUCCCUCUUCACGUUGGAAUUCGGCCCAAUCCGUGGCUUUGGCCCCAUCCGUCCCUUCACCGUCAUCCGCGAUGUCCACCCUUUCUCCAUGACCAAGCUCGUCUUCUCGACCUUCAUCGCACCCGCACACCCAGUCGGCCCGGAAGUCCCGCCCCAAAACGUCAAGCUCGCCUCCUGGUCGUGCACACACUCCCCCCUCUCACCCUUCCCUCCUCCAUCCCGCACGCCGCGCUACGUCCUCGCCCAACCGGGCCCAGCCGAGUUCUGGGACCUCCUCUACGGCCUAGGCAUAUUCCUAAUGUCACUCGUCGCCAUCCUCGCAGCCCUGCAAUCCUUCGCGGAAGUCCGCGGCCUCGCGCCGUCCAUCCUAGGCGCACGAGACUACGUGGGCGAGUCCUGGACUCGUCCGUAUAUCCCCGACGCGCACGGCAAGAAUCAUCCGCUCCUGGAACGCAUCUUCCCCGCCCUGCGCACCGCUCCCGCGCUUGAAGAGUCCGAGCAACUCGAAUCUCUCCGCCAGAUCCUAGACCGCGUCCACGCCGCCGGCGCGGCGCCCGUUGAUCUCGACAUCGUGUCUCCAAAGGACCUCUCCGUGAUCGUGAGGUGUGAUCCCCGAGUGGGAGAAAAUCCGGAGCACAGCGUAAUCGUUGAAACGGCACAGUCGGCGCAUGUUAUCCCCUCGUCGAACAAGGAUAAGCUUCGCGCGUGGAAAGAUCUGUCCGCUUCUGAGCAGGAGGGGUGGAAACAGCGUCUUGCGCAUGCGGGUCGCUGGGCUGCUGGUGAAGGCGAGGCUGUGCUCGAGGGCGUGCUCUUUGCGGAAGCUUGUGGGAAUUUGGGCGAUAAGGUGAAGGAGAAAUUGUCUUAA